UUACUAAAUAAAAUUUAUAAUCGUUGGAAAAUCAUGUCCGAGUAAAUGCAAACUUAAAAUGAUCUAAAAUAUAGGUUUAACAUUAUCUGGGACAAUUACAGCCACUCCGGCGACUGCGUAGACAUGUCCGGACUGUGCGUGACCUGGCGAAUGGAUCGGCCAAAACGGAAAUGCACAAAAACAAACGCCAUGGAGGUAACCGCUGGCAACAAUUCCACCAAACAGUCGUUUCACAAUAUUGAUAAAGCUCCUUUUUCCACUAUUUUUCACACAUUCCGCCCGCCAGCAUGAGUACGCACUCGGGUCGCGCGUAUCUGAAUUCAUGUCUCAAAGUGCCCAUAGAUCCAUGCAACAACUGUCCGGCUCCGGUCUACAAUCGUCCGAAGCUGUGUCUCGGCAAGAAGCAGACGGGCAAGACGGGACGCGCCAAAGGCACUGACUCUAUGGAGGCGGAGACACCUGGAUGGACCACCCAGACAGGGAUUCGAUCGCUGGCCAAGUUUUACGACAGUAUACCUGACUACUGUGAUGUGAAGCACAUGCACCAGGAGGAGUUCUACUCGACUCUGGAGAGCCUGCGAAGCACCAGCCGUGAGCUCAGAGCGCAACCCAGAGCCGAGCCCCCGGCGGAGCGUUGUGCCAGUGCCAGCAGCAGCUCCUUGGGAAAGUCAAAAAAACGCGCGGGAAAGGGGAAAAAGAAGAGACUUCCGUUGGUGCUGGAUCCAGCUCCCGCCUCAGUGCCACCCACCCCCACACCACUGAGAGCUACAGCACAUAGCCAUGCCAAUCGCUGCUCCACGCCCGCAGUAGUCAUCACUCCCAUCUCCAGUUGCCUAAGCGAGGAGUACGACAAGUGCCUGAGGGAUCUGAGUCGCCUGAAGAGCUUCAAGGAGGACUAUGCCGUAGAGGUGGCCGACUUCAAGCGUUCCCUGAAGAGCUUCGAGGAGGAGUUCAAGCGGCCGAAGACCACCAGCAGCAGUGGCACACAGACGGCACAAAAGCCUCAUCCAACGGGUCCGCCCGGAAGCCACACGGCUGAGCGAGCCAAGUGUCGCCGGGAGAUGCUGCGCCGAUGCUUCAGCGUCAACGAUCUGGGUGGAAUUGCCCCGCACUCGAGUUUCACGCCACCUAGAACUGGCCAGCCAAAACUGAGCAAGUAUUUCCUACCGAAGAAGGAGGGGGAGGAGGAGGUGGUUCCCAAGAUUCAGAUAGAGUCGCCAUCCGUGUCUUCCAAGCGCAGCAGCAGUGCCUCCACAACUGGGCGAGGGCGCGGACGUCGUGGCAGAGGACGCAAGCCAAAGAUUACAGCGAUGCAGUCAGAACCGGAGGAAAAGUGUCGGCCGCCUUUGAGAAUCUUCGAGCUGGAGGAGGAUAUGCCAAAGCGGACGCCCAGCGUGUCCCCCCUUCAUCCGGUGGCGCGUCCCAAUCUGGCAGCCACUCUGCGUGCCGAAGUGUCCCGGAAGAAGGUCAAGGAGCUGAAGAACAACUGCACCUACCACGAUCCCAGGCCACAGUUCGAUUGGGAGGUUCGCAAGACGCCCGCCUGGAAGUCCAUGUCGCUCAAUGAAUCCCAUAAAGCCCUGCUAUCCAUCCGAUUGGCCACGCGGAAGGCGGAGCAGGCCCUGCAGGAGCGUCAGUACGAUCUGCACAUGACCAUGAUGCGGCAGCGGGUCAAGUCCGCACCCUUGCUGCUGGAGGGACCCACCUUCUGGGGCCCGGAGGUAGGCAAGCUGAGCCACACCUGCCAGAGCGAGGGCAGGCGACACGCGUGCGAGAGCAGCAAGCAGCGCAGAAAGAAGUCUAGCUGCCCGGCCGGGGACGCUGAUGGCAAGAUACAGCAGCUGCGUAAGAUCUAUGGAUCGGAGAAGUCCUGUUCGCGCCAGUCGCAGCGUAGCAAGCGAUCCGCACGUCGACCCAGGGACCAGGAGACACCCAGUCACGACAGCGGCGAUGAUUUGUGCAGCGUGGACCGCGCCUUCCUCUAGAGAAGCACUUAAUUCUGAAGCACCUAGCCACAAUACAUGUAUACUUUUUUGGAUGAUCC